AUGGGGUUUCUCGGAGUUUUAGAAGACAAACAUCUCCAACAUGUUCCUGCCACCGUGAUUCUAAGCGAGGAACAAUCGCGGCCGACCGAGGCGACUGCUGGUCUGAAACGCGGCACUGGAAAGGAUGCAGACAUCAUUUUGAUACCGCAGCCCUCCGAAGACCCCAACGACCCAUUGAACUGGCCAUGGCAAAAGAAAUGGACCAUCAUGUUUAUCAUAGCCUUUGGCUCAACCCUUUACGCAGCAGUCCUCGCCCCGCUUCUCUCUCCAGCACUCGUCGUGAUCGCAAUGGAUUUCAAGGUCCAAGUGGCAGACAUUACCGUCAUUUCAGGCUACAUGCUACUGGUAACUGCAGCCUCUGGGCCCAUCAUAUCUGCGCUAUCCCGAAAAUACGGGAAGAGAUUCAUGCUCAUUCUCUCAUCACUCUUUGGACUUGUUGGAACCAUCGUUGGUAGCGCGGUCUACAGUUAUGAUGGGCUUCUCGCAGCGCGUAUAAUUCAGGGUGGCUCAAUCUCCGCUUUCGAAUCACUCGUUGUCUCUAUGAUUGGCGAUCUAUUCUUUGUUCACCAACGUGGGCUGUGGAUGACUCUCAUCCAGUUCAUCUUGGGUGCAGCUUCGAAUUUCUCUGCUAUCAUCGUUGGGCCUAUCGCUACAGACCUCGGUUGGCGCUAUCUUUUCCAUAUCCUCAUCGCCUUUGCCGCACUUGAAGUUUUCCUCUUGUUCUUCUUUGUACCCGAGACAGCCUACAAUCGCGACCAUCGUUAUGACAUCGACGAACUGGCUGAGGACAACCUCCAGGAGCUUGCUGCCGCAGAAAAGCGGCAUACGCAACCCUCAUCGAUCCAAAAGGACACUGGCAGCGACGAGGUUGUGAGAAUGGAGACAGCGGUAUCCGCCAACCCAACAUACGGCCCAAAGAAAACUUUCGCACAGGAGCUUGCACUUUUCUCAGGCACAUAUAGCGAUGACAAUCUUCUUCAGCUAAUGAUUGCCCCGUUCGCCGUCUGCCUAAACCUAGCGGUGCUCUGGAUGGUGAUUGUCACCGGUGGCCUGACAGCCUUCUUCGUCGCUCAAUCCUACGAUAUGGCACAAAUCUUCAUGUUCCCACCAUAUAAUCUCUCUGCAGCAGGGGUUGGAUACCUAUCCCUCGGGCCCUUCCUCGGCGGCCUUCUGGGUUCCAUUGUACUUGGUGCCACGCUCGAUCCGAUCAUCAAAUGGUGCGCAAAACACAACGGCGGCAUCUAUGAGCCUGAAUACCGUCUCCUGGGUAUGAUUCCUUCCCUUCUCACUGGUGUUGGCCUCUUCGCCUUCGGUUACAUGUGCGAAAACCAUUUCUCCUACUACGCAACGGCCACCAUGCACGGAAUGGACCUGUUCGGCAUCGUCUGCGCCGCCAUCUCUGCUUCUGCAUAUGUUAUCGACGCAUACCGCGACAUGUCUUCUGAGAUUUUCAUCAUGAACAUGCUGUUUAAGAACCUCCUCUUCUAUGGAUUCAGCUACUUUGUGAAUGACUGGACGGCUGAGGCUGGCCCUGCUGUAGUGUUUUACACGUUUGGUGGUAUCGCUUUUGCCAUGACCUGCACAACUCCCUUCUUCUUCUUUUGGGGCAAAAGGUACAGGAGCUUCUGGCAUAGACAUAAUAUGCUGGAGAAAUGGGGAAUCAGGACUCAUGCGGAAAUGUAA